AUGAAUGUCGAUCAUCGGGUAAUUGCAUUAAUUGAUAUGGAUUGUUUUUAUGUUCAAGUCGAACAAAGACUACAACCUGAGUUUCUUGGCAAACCAUGUGGUGUAGCUCAAUAUUACACAUGGAAAGGUGGUGGUCUUAUUGCUGUUAAUUAUGAAGCUCGAGAUUUCGGUGUGAAACGAGGCAUGCGAGGCGAACAAGCAAAAGAACUAUGCCCUGAUUUUCACGUUUUUCAUGUUCAAGAACUGAACGGAAAAGCAAAUUUAACUCGGUACCGAGACGCAAGUGCCGAUGUUUUUCGUGUUCUCAAUGCCGAUUUCAAACUUGUUGAAAAGGCCAGUAUUGAUGAAGCUUACAUUGAUUUGACUGAUGACGUUCAGAAAUUAAAAGAGAACAAACCUAAUUUAACAAUCGAUGAUUUUCCGUCAACACAUUUGGCCAGUUGCACAACGAAAAAUGAAGAUGAACGUGUAGAAGCAAUCAAAAGCUGGCUAAAGAAUGGUCAAUCAGAUGAUGAAAACCGAAAUCUCGAUCUAGUUCUUGGGGCUUAUCUUGUCGAACGAAUUCGAAAGAAAAUCAAGGAAGAAACUGGAUUCUUCUGUUCUGCUGGUAUCGCGAGAAACAAAGUUUUAGCAAAACUAUGCUGUGGUUUUAAUAAACCAAGAAAACAAACUAUAUUAUCCACUUCCGACAUUGAUUGCGUGUUCGAUAAAACACCGGUUCAGAAAAUUCAAGGCUUGGGUGGCAAAGCCGGUGAACGCGUCACUGAAUUAUUCCAAGUUGAUUAUAUAGGUCAAUUGAGAAAAUACUCACUCGAUGGACUUCAAACAUCUCUGGGUGACAAAGACGGUUGUUGGUUGUACAAUUUAAUUCGAGGCAUUGAGACCACACCUGUAAAUAGUCGAAAUCUGUACAAAUCAAUUUCAGCAAGUAAAAACUUUCCAGGCAAAACAUCGUUAGAUACUAAUGAAAAAGUCCGUACUUGGUGUCACAAUCUAGCUGAAGAAGUUUUUAAUCGGUUAGAAAAAGAUCGAGCAGAGAAUAAACGCCGUGCAAAACUCUUAACCGUAACAUGUACAACGACGACGAACGAAACAAUUGCGCGUUCUUGUCCAUUAAAUGAAUAUUCAAUCGAUCGUUUUGCCAAUGAUGCAUAUCGUAUACUGAAACAAUUCAAUAAAAGCGCAUCAGGAUCCAAUGUAUAUUCGCCAGCGAUUAUCAAUCUUGGUAUUGGCGCCGGAAAGUUUCUCGACAGUGUCAAUACAAAAUCUAUUGCGGAUCUAUUUUCGAGACAGACGUCGAAAAUGGAACCAACGGGAAAUACGCUCAAUAUGCAAGAGUCAGAGCAGGCAGAUGAAGAAAGUGACGAUGAUGCUGAAACUAUUACACAGAAGCCAUCAGUAACAACAAGCUCACAAAUGAAAGGUGACUUUUUUCGAAAGUUUCAACAGAAUGAAGAACGAUUAAAAACUCCAUUCAAGCCUGAACCAAAGCCAAGUUCAUCGGUAGCAUCUUUCUUCUCACGUUAUUCAACAAAUGAAAACAGUGCUCACUCGUCGCCGGACAAAUCCGAUGAUCGAUAUAUAACUUGUUCGAAAUGUAACAAGUCAAUUUUAGCAUGGGAUAUGCCCGAACACGAAGAUUUUCAUUUUGCGCGCGAAUUACAAAUGGAGGAAAACAAAAAUUCCUAUCAAACAUUAGUCGUACCGAAGCCAACAAAACCGAUUAAGCGCAAGAAUGAAACACAACCAAGUAAUAACAAUCAAACACUUGAUGCAUUUAUUAAUAAGAAACCGAAAAAUUAA